AUUCAGUAAGCUGCUGGCUUUUAUGCCCUCUGUAUUUCGUUGUCAAUUUUCAACCCGAGCUCGCACCUGAAGGAACUCGAAAGACAGUACCAUCACCCAAACUCUCUCUCUUUCUCCCGCCAGCCAUGAGUCUCUUCGGCCUGGGCAGAAACCAGAGGACAUUCCGUCCAAAAAAGAGCGCACCCUCAGGGAGUAAGGGGGCACAACUCAGAAAGCACAUUGAUGCCACCCUAGGCAGUGGAAAUCUGCGGGAGGCAGUAAAACUUCCUACAGGGGAGGAUUUAAAUGAGUGGCUUGCUGUCAACACUGUUGAUUUCUUCAACCAAGUAAAUUUGCUAUUUGGUACCCUCACAGAGUUCUGUACCGAGGAGCAUUGUCAAACGAUGACCGCAGGCCCCAAAUACGAGUAUAGAUGGGCAGAUGGGGAAAAAAUAAAGAAACCGAUUGAGGUUUCUGCUCCAAAAUAUGUUGAGCUUUUAAUGGACUGGAUUGAAGGCCAGCUUGAUAAUGAAUCCAUCUUUCCUCAAAGGCUUGGGGCACCCUUUCCUCCCAAUUUCAAGGAUGUUGUGAAGACAAUUUUCAAAAGAUUGUUCCGCGUAUAUGCCCACAUCUAUCACACUCAUUUUCAAAAAAUUGUAAGCCUCAAGGAGGAGGCCCAUCUAAAUACAUGCUUUAAGCAUUUCAUACUAUUUACUUGUGAAUUUGGGCUAAUUGAAAGAAAGGAGCUGGCUCCACUUCAAGAGCUCAUAGAUUCCAUCAUUGUUCCUUACUAGAUGGAUUGGCUUAUCUUUCGAAACAUAACAUAUCAGGGAAACUUGAUUGAACUAAAUCAAAUAAAUACUGCUCAAUGUAUGACUUAAGGGUUUCUAUCAAAUGGAUUUAUAUUUAAAGUUGAUAUGCUUGUGCUGUAUGCCUGACUAUUUUAAAUUGGUUUGAUGCCAACUUAUAUAGUCUUAAAUCAUCGUCAAACACUCAACUCUCAAGAGCAAAUGCGCUGCCAUUGGUGUUGGGAGGUUGCAGAAAUGGCUGAAGGACAGGCAACUAGGUGAAUAUAUAUAUAUAUAUAUAUAAAUUGUCUAGGUUCUCAGCUGGAAAAGCAUUUCCUUUGAUUUCUCAAACCGCCUGUGCAACUUUUCUCUAUGUGGCGUGGCUGUUUUACAGAGGAGCGAGCACAACUUGAAUUUGAGAUCUGCUUUGAAUUCUUUCAUGUAAAAUUUAACAUCAGCCUCGGUGCUUAUGGUCGGUAAAACUGGGUCCUGGUGAUGCCUGGUCAACUUUUAUUUUUAAGGUAUUAAAUUGUAGCAUGCAGUUCCAUACAUUUGCUGGAAUUUUUUACGGAACUCUAGUGUCUAGAGUAGAAGAAAAACAGACACAUGAAAUGGGUCUCACUGUAUGUAUUGAGCAUUUAAUGAUGUCCGAACAAUUUAUUCGGACAACUAGAAAUAUUAUUAGAUCUA